AUAAACACCAGCAUCUUUGACAUAAUUUUGCUAGGCGCGCCGCAAGGGUUUAAACAACCCAAACAGAAAUUGGCCUUCACUUCCAGAUUCACAACCAUGCUCUCCCGUCUUCUGCCAAAACCCUUUCAUGUUCGUUCCCUAACCCUAAUUUCCUCAAAGGUUGUCUCUCAUCUCCAACGUCAAAUCCCAUCUCCUUCCAAAACUCCAACUUUCAUUUUCACCCCUAGAUUGUUCUCCUCCUCCAAUCGCAAUAACAAUGGUGGGGAUCAAUCCGAAACCAAUAUCUGGAAGCUUUCUCAGGAAAGUGAAGGGAAAUUCGAGUCUUUGUUUCACGAUAAAUCUGCAAACGCCGGUAGGACCGUCGGAACUGAACCCGGCGAGGCUGAUUCGUUGUUGAAAGUCGGGGACGGUGGUGACGAGUGGGAAACUGCAGGAGGGUAUAAGCCGUGGAGUUUAGAGGAGGAGGAGAAAGGCGACUUGUUUGAUAUUGGGGAAGAUGUGAGAAGUGUUAGUGAAACUGAGACUGAGGUUAGUACUGAGAGGGAUAGAGAUGAAGAGAUGCAGAUGCUUCAACAAGAGAAACACCAGCUCUCUGUUAUUCUCAAAGGCCCAAAUCGUGCGUUUGGCGAUCUUAUUGCUGCAUCCGGGAUCACAGAUGACAUGCUUGACAGUUUGAUUGCCCUAAAGAACUUGGAAGGAGUGGAGGGAUUGCCCCCUUUAAGUGAACUAGAAAACUUGCGAUAUGAGAAAAGUACAAGGAAAUCUUCAAGAGCAGAAAUAGAGCGUCAGAAGCAGGAGGAAGCUGCUAAAGCUAGAGUCAGGCAAGUAGAUGACAAGGGAAGGUCUUAUGGUACGGGAAGAAGGAAAUGCAGCGUUGCCCGUGUGUGGAUUCAACCUGGUGAUGGUAAAUUCCUUGUUAAUGAAAAAGAAUUUGAUGUCUAUUUUCCAAUGCUCGAUCAUCGUGCUGCCCUCCUUCGGCCUUUCUCUGAGACAAAAACUUUGGGGCUUUGGGAUGUUACUUCUACUGUCAAAGGAGGUGGUACAACAGGCCAAGUUGGAGCUGUUCUUUUGGGGAUCAGCAGGGCGUUGCAAAACUGGGAACCAGAUUUGCGCCCUCCGCUAAGAGAUGCUGGUUUCUUGACGAGGGACCCCCGUAUGGUGGAAAGGAAAAAACCGGGCAAAGCAAAAGCAAGAAAGAGCCACCAAUGGGUCAAGCGUUGAUCAAUCUCUCCAACAAUUUUUUUUUUUUUUUGGCUAUCCGAACUGUAUUAUAUGGAAUUUCAGUUUAGCCUCGUUGUAUCUCUGUUUUACCAUGGGGAAAUUUGAGGCUUUAUGCUUUCUAAUACUCACAAUAAAAAAAAAUAUACCAAGUUUAAUAAUUAUAGGCCAAGUAUGCCUUUAAAAAAAAAGCAAAAUUGUCUCUCCCA